AUGGCAGCCUCCUCCAGUGUGUUGCCAACCGUUCAGAGGUAUAUCAACGGAGUUCCUGUUCCACAGGGACGAAAGACUCUUAGACUAAGAGAAAAGUAUGUGAUCAUACUUGUAUUUGUGACUUUUAGUACGGUUUGUUUUGGGGCUUUCUUCUUCUUACCGGACUUGAGAGAUCGGGUUAGUGUGGAAGAAGUGAGGCGACAUCUUCAGCAAGCGGGAGGGGAGAUUUUUAUACCACAAGCGAGGAUAGGGCCCGAUGGGGUACCGAUCGCGGGUGGAAAUGUGUUUAGACAUAACCCCGAUGAAGUAGUUGAUACUCAUAGACUAAUAGAUAAAAUGAGAUUAAAAGAUAAAAUAGAAGCAGAGUGGAAUCAGAAACAUGUAUUACAGCCGCCGCCGUCAGGAUCAAAGGGAGAUAAGAAGGGAGACUUGCAGGCAGACGUUUCAGCUGAAAAGAAAGAUGACACUUUAAGGUUUCAAAGGAGAGACCAGCAUAGAAUUCAGGAGGAGCAAAGUAAACCAAAAGAAGCAGGACUGUCUGAUUCACAGGCAAGGUACAGAAGAGAAAAAGUCAAAGAGAUGAUGAAGCAUGCCUGGUAUGGCUACGAGAAGUAUGCCUGGGGAGCCAAUGAACUGCGACCAAUCUCCAAGCGGGGUCACACAGGCAGUAUAUUUGGCAGCCUGAGUCUGGGUGCCUCCAUUGUGGACGCCCUGGACACUCUCUACAUCAUGGGGCUGGAACAGGAGUUCAAGAGAGGACGAGACUGGGUGGAGGAAAAUCUGCAUAUUGAACGGGCAGGAGAGCUAUCAGUAUUUGAAACCAACAUUCGCUUUGUUGGUGGGUUUCUGGCGGCAUAUGCUCUGACAGGAGAUGAGAUGUUUAAGAAAAAGGCAAUAUUCAUCGCAGAUAAGCUAUUGCCUGCCUUUAACACUCCUACUGGCAUCCCUAACUCCAUGAUCAACAUGAGGAAUGGGAACAGUCGGAACUGGGGCUGGGCAUCUGGUGGCUGCUCUAUUCUGGCUGAAUUCGGCACCAUGUACCUUGAGUUUGCUUUUCUCACUGAGGUUACUGGCAAUAACGUUUACUUAGAAAAGGUGAUGAAGGUGCGAGAAGUGCUGCAGAGCAUAGACAAACCAGAAGGCCUUUAUCCAAACUAUCUCAAAACAGGGCGCUGGGGCCAGCAUCAUACAUCCAUUGGAGCGCUAGCUGACAGUUUUUAUGAGUAUUUAUUGAAAGCUUGGAUAUACUCAGGAAAGAAGGACUAUGAAGCCAGAACCAUGUAUGAUGCAGCUGUUAAGGGAAUAGAAAACAAAAUGUUAACGACCUCAAGAUCUGGUUUACGGUACAUCGCUGAAUAUAAAUCUGGGAGAUUACAACACAAAAUGGAUCACCUGGCUUGUUUCUCAGGAGGCAUGUUUGCCUUUGGUGCCGCAGGCUCGGACGACAAAGAGAAAUACCUGAAGCUGGGAGGUGAUAUUGCUACCACCUGUCAUGAGUCUUACGAUAGAGCAGCUGCCAAGCUAGGCCCGGAGGCUUUUCGUUUUGACAGCACCACAGACGCUAAAGCUGUAAAUCAAAACGAGAAAUAUUACAUUCUGAGACCAGAAGUGAUAGAGACUUAUUUCUAUUUAUGGCGUGUGACAAAGGAGCAGAAGUACAGAGACUGGGGAUGGGAGGCUGUUGAGGCCCUGGAGAAGCACUGUCGCGUUGAUGGUGGGUACACGGGAUUGCGGGACGUCUAUCAGGAGCACCCCCCUCAGGAUGAUGUUCAGCAGACGUUUUUCCUGGCAGAGACGCUGAAGUACCUGUAUUUGCUGUUCUCUGAUGAUGAUGUGAUAUCACUUGACGAGUGGGUUCUGAAUACAGAGGCCCACCCAUUCCCCAUUAAGGGCUCAGGGGUGGGCAAGCACCAAAGCAAAAACAAGUGAACAUGUACCAGUCAGUUGUGUUGAUGCAAAAGUGUGAGUUAUAUAAUAACAGCAAUGUUUUAAAAGAAAGCAAGAUAAGAAAUAUCUGCUUUGUAAAUUAUUGUACAUUUAAGCUCUUGUAUAAUUUCGUAUUAUUAAAGGUGGAAGAAACAAAGAAAUGAUGCAAACGCUUAAUUAAAGAUAAAAGUUUGUGAAAAGUUAAUUGUAAAUAAGGUUUUCAAUAUGUUCUUGUCAGUUUUUAUUAGAGGAGAAAAGGAUGUUUGAAAAUAAUUUUUGUAUGGUGGGUAGUCAGGAAUACCCCUUCAUUUAUAUUGACUGUGCAUAAUAUUGCUCUAAAUGAGGAUGUGAUACAUGUGUAAUAAGUUAUUUUUACUUUAAUUUGGUCAUUUCUCCUAACAAAUAUUUUAAACCAGAAUUUUAAUAAUAUUAACAUUUUUUUGGUAUAUUCCUAAAUAUUGUUAUAAUUCAUGUUCAGUGCAUUAGGUUGGAUAUAAACAUCGAAUUUACUAUCACACUUAUCACUUUCACAUUUUGAACAUGGUUAUACAAAGAUGCUAAAUGCUGAACGCUAAAUG